GUCCGUACUAUAAAAAUGGGAAUCGAUCUUAUUCCUUACUCCUCCCUCUCUUCCAGCCGGGGAUCGAUCGCUGCAUGCGGCGCGGCUACCCAGGAGGAGGAGGAGGAGGAGGCAUCGGAUGUUGGUUUCUGCGGCUCCUCUGUCCUCGGGCCUCCUGCCUGCCGGAUUUCGAAGACGCCGCGCGGUUUCAUGAGCACGAGGUGUCCCGUUCCGAGAUAUAGCUGGACCAGGAAGGAAGGGAAUGGCAUGGACUUACAGAUCUGCCAUGUUACUGGUAGUUCUUUUAUUGGGACUGGUGGGCGUACAUAUUUUCACUGUUUCUUGAGAAAGCUUUAUACAAGUGCUCAAGAAUGUCCACGCUCCUAUGACAAAUUGCGUUUUGAUCCAAGCAAACCAAAUUGCAGGCUGAUGGUUACUCAUGAUGACUAUAGUUUGAUGUCCAAACUGCCCAAGGACAGAACCUCAGUGGUAACAAUUCUAAGAAGUCCAAUUGAUCGUGUAUUUAGUACAUACGAAUUCUCUGUGGAAGUUGCAGCAAGGUUUCUUGUGCAUCCAAAUUUAACUUCAGCAACACAAAUGUCUGGACGAUUACGCCCUAAAACUCGUGGUGUAAGCACGUUGGAUAUAUGGCCUUGGAAGUACUUGGUUCCUUGGAUGAGGGAGGACUUAUUUAUCCGGAGGGAUGCUAGGAAACUUGUGAAGCAUAGAGAGCUUAGUGAAACCCAUGAUCCGUACAAUAUGGAAGACAUGGUUAUGCCUUUGCACAAGUUCAUCAAUGAUCCUGUAGCUCAUGAGAUCAUUCACAAUGGAGCCACCUUCCAGGUAGCAGGGCUGACAAACAACUCUUGUUUAGUGGAAUCACAUGAGGUGCGUCAUUGUGUGAGGAAGCACCCAGUACUGGGCCAUUUUGUACUUGAGGUUGCUAAGAGUAGAUUGGAUCAUAUGUUGUAUAUUGGCCUUACUGAAGAUCACAAGAAAUCUGCUACAAUGUUUGCCAAAAUGGUUGGUGCUCAAGUGCUUUCCCAAUCAGAAGCCUUAAACUCUAACAUGGAGUCGGAGGUGUCCAAUACUACUGAAUUGAGCUCUGCCUUUCCAGAUCCUGAUACUGAUGGAUCAAAUCAGGUUCAGCAUAGCACCAACAGCCAACAAGCAGGCAAGGUUCCUUCUCCAUCGGAUGUUGAACCUGCAAAAGAAAAUAUGACAGUUGGAAAGCUGAUGGAAGCUUAUGAAGCAUGCACUUCUACUUUGCGAAAAUCUCAAGCAAAUCGGCGUACUAUGUCUUUGAAAAGAAUUGCUCCUGCGAAUUUUUCAAAGGAGGCACGUCUCCUUGUUCCUGGAACAGUUCUUCAGCAGAUUUUAUCACUCAACAGUCUCGAUGUGGAACUCUAUAAGCAUGCCCAGGAGAUCUUCAUGCAGCAGCAGAAACAUCUGACACAAAAUGCUCAAGACAAUUUCAUGCAGCAUCAAGGACAGCUGAUGGCUGAAGGGGAACAGCAGAAGAAUAUGCAUGGCAUUUUAUAUGGAUGUUCGCCCUGGAAGAUCGUUUUGUUAGCUGUAGCAGUCCUCUUAGUCCUCGUUCUUGUUUUACUGGUUGUAUCUACAGGAAGAAGGACGUCUAAACUGAAGGUAUGAAAAAUGAUAUAUCGACUUUUCUGGGGGAAAAAAAAAGGAGAAUGACAUUUUGACAGCUGCCAGGGGUAAAUUUUGUUGUAUAUGAAAUAGACGUUGAGGCAAAUGGGAAGCUUUACCUCUUGGUUCUCGGACAGCCGUUUAUUUUGUUGGCAGACAAGCAUAGAGUUGCGAUCUGGGUGUCGGAAUCAUUGUCAUAUCUUGGGUUUUAUUCUGUUAAUCCUUUUUUUAUACUAUACAGAGGAGAAAAAAAAAAGGAAAAUCCUGCAAUCAUUUGCUAUGAUCUGUCGACUUAGGUUUUCUCUGGAUGCCGGAACAUAUUUGACUUCCGACAAGAUGUGCUCGCAUCAUAUACUCACGAAACGAGGCCGCUGGGCUAUUCUGAUGCUGGAAUCAGAUACCGAUGGUUUGUGAAUUUUACUAUUGAGGGAAGGGGGCGGGGGUUGUUGAGAGAGGGAGUUGUGAUUCGGAAAGUUUCAACUUCAGAUUUGUUUGGAUAAGUUGAAUCACCUUUUAACUAGUUUAUCUAUAAAAUCCAGGAUUAGCAUUUA